AGAUAAACAUGUGAGAUUGACAUAUGUUGGCCUUUAAUACGAGCAAGGUCGGCUCUCUACAGCAAAAUGGAGACUGACAACGAAAUCAGAGAAAUCAAAGAAACAAACCCAGAUGAUACGAAUCCGAACCCCAAACCCAAAAUGGUCAGGACAAAGGUGCCGGAGGUGGAGAUCCAUCUAUACCGACAAGGCAAGGGUCCGAUCGACGUGUUCAAGUCUAGCUUGGGAGGGUGGGACCAGGACCUGUUGGAGGUUCGAGAUAUCCUCGACAAGUAUGGGUUCAAGUCAGUCUACGCUUUCAAUCCCGAUUCCGGACGGGCCGCGCCGAUCAGGUUCAAUGGGAGGAAUGGGAGGUCUAUUCUUGGGUACAGAGAUGGAUCGGUGAUUUGCAUUGAUGGAGAGCCAAAGGACUCCUUGAUCAAACCCCUGACCAAAAUCUUGUUUGGGGUAGCAGUUAUAACCCUUUUUAUAACAAUGGCUGUGAAAGAUCCUCCUGAAUGGAUAAAAAAAUCUAACUUUUUUGGUGGAAGCUUCCCACCAUGGAUCCUUGCUUGUGCAGUUAUUGUUUUUACUCGUAUGAGGAAGAGAACCAGGGACUUCUUAAAGAAACAUGGCUGGUAAACACAUUGCUUUUGCGUGGGGUUGUGGGACGGGGAGGAGCUUUAAAUGAAGUUUUGUGUAAAACAACCAUAAAAGAUGCUAAAACAACAUUAUUAAGCAGCAGUUUCCUUUUGGUUUUGUGAGAUGUUGAUUGAAGAUUUCAUUAAAUCAUAAACAGAGCCAGAAAAUAUUAGGUUCAAAUGCAUCCUCAAUGACUCAAUCAAUGUUACUCCGAAAAUUACAUUUUUUUUUUAGUUCCUCUUUUCCAGUAUUCUUUGAAUCUGGUAGUGAUAUCUAGCAUGUAAAGGAAUCAUUAUAUAUGAAUUUCUAAUCAGUUCAUUUAUUUAUUUAAUUA